ACGGUGGCGGUGAGCGGAAGGAGGUGCUGAACGGCUGCGGAGCACGCGCGCGCACACACGCGCGCACCGCUACAGGGAAGAUGGAGGACGGUGUGGCCGCAGCGCAGAGGACCUGCAUCCUUUAGCAACAUCACUCCUGUGAGCAGUCGUUUCCAGCAGCCUUCGCUCUGUUGAUGAUGGAUUCCUAAGCCGUUCUCUGACACCACUUUACCAACCCGACAGCCAUGAACCCCCAAAAGACAGAGUUUGUUCAGGACGUUAUGGAGGCCAUGGACGGUCCUUCUCGCCAUCAACACCACCCCAGCCUGUCCCAUAACCACAGCAACCAGGACAAGCGCUACAGAUGCUGUGAGACUUCAGCUGGUGUCACAACAGAAAUGGCCAGUGGUGCAAAUGCUGAAAGCAGAGUUGGGAUGCUACAGCACCACAAGCCACAGGAGGAGCAAGACGCGGAGCUGCAACAUGGAGAUCAGUCUUCUAAGCCCCACGAGAUCCAGCCCAUUCCCCGACCUGCUGUGACACGCUACCGCAGACAGGGCGACAGUGAGGCCCGGCUCAGAACUCAACAACAGAGGAACAGGAUGAAGCAGCAGAGGGAGGCGGAGAGAGCGCAGCAGGAAAGGGAGCAGCACGCUAAGAUGACCAAGGAAGCUGAAGGUGAGAGGGAGGAUUCUAUGCUGGCCCGCUCAGCAAGUACUGAGAGCGGCUUUCACACCCAUACUGACCGUGCAGAGGGAGACGAUAUCCCAGUGAUGAUGUCUCUGGAGCCUGAGGCCCAGCGAGAGUCCGAGGAUGAUGCAAACAGCUACAGCCUCCCGCUGCGGCCCGAGGCAGAAGAGUACACUGAAAGUGCAGAGGCUGAACAGCAGCAUCUCCAUUCACAUCCUAACUAUGCUCUUCAGUUCCUGAUGCUGCCGCGUGAAUCCUUACUUAAUAUCCAGAAUUCCCAAAGAGAAGAUAAAGCAGAGGAGACACUGAAUGGUGGCUACUCUAACUGUGUCUACACCCAAUCCUACAGCCAAUCGGGGGCGAGAACCUGUGUCUCAUCCAGUCAGGACUUGGAAAGUUUAGAUGCUGGACUUGAAGCGUACUCUGAGCCAUAUGACACGUAUUCGCUCUCUGAGCAUGUGUAUGAGGAAAUAUGUGACGCUCCAACCUCAGUGUCAACUUCUGCAAGUGUGGCAAACGAUAAAGAGUCUCGACAGCAGGCGGCGACCGGCUUGCAGCUGUUGCAGAGCGGGGCGGGAAAAGGCGAUUACCAUCAGCAGGAGGCCGUGGGCUCCCGUCUGCGGCACUACGAUGAACGUUCAGAUGGUGAGUCGGACAGUCCAGAAAAGGAGGCAGAGUUUGCUCCGUAUCCUCGUGUCGACAGCUGCGACCAAGAAGACGAUAUUGAUAACAGUGUUAACGGGGCUAAAAAAGGCUCACAAAGCUUUGAUCCUGCUGCAAAAGAUUCCACAGACAAAGAAGAAAAACGCCAACCGGACAAACUCUCUCACAAAAGCAACAAGACGGCCAGUCGAGGGAAGUCGGCCAAGCAGCAGGCUGAGACUCCUGUGAAGGAGCCAGUGAGGAACAGUGUGGAGAAGAGGGAUGCUAUAUCUUUAGCCAUCAAAGACAUUAAGGAGGCCAUAGAGGAGGUGAAGAAUAGAACAGUCAGAUCUCCUUACACACCUGAUGAGCCAAAGGAACCCGUUUGGGUAAUGAGGCAGGACUUAAGCCCCACUGCUGAAUGUGACCUGCCGACAUCACUCGGGGCCGAUUCGCCUGGUUCAGCGUCACCUUCUCCACCAGGAGCAGAGUCCUCCAGUCAGCACCUGCUACAGCACGACAGCUUUGAAACCUCUCCCACCAGUAAAGAGUCCAGGAGAAGCCUUGCGUCCUUUCCCACAUAUGUAGAAGUUCCAGGUCCCUGUGACCCAGAUGACCUAAUUGAUGGAAUCAUCUUUGCAGCCAACUAUCUUGGCUCCACUCAGCUGCUAUCAGAUAAGACACCAUCGAAGAACAUCCGAAUGAUGCAGGCACAGGAAGCUGUCAGUCGGAUUAAGAUGGCUCAGAAAUUGGCCCAGAACAAGAAGAAGGAACCUGAGGGUGAGCCUCAGCCUCUCACAGAGGUGGAUCUUUUCAUCUCUACCCAGAGAAUAAAAGUGCUCAACGCUGAUUCUCAGGAAACUAUGAUGGACCACCCUUUGCGGACUAUCUCCUACAUUGCUGACAUUGGCAACAUAGUGGUUCUGAUGGCCCGGCGCAGGAUGCCUCGCACUGAUUCUGAGGAGAACGUGGAAACCUCAGAGCCAAGUCAAGACAGCAAGCGCCAGUAUAAGAUGAUCUGCCAUGUGUUUGAGUCUGAGGAUGCCCAGUUAAUUGCCCAGUCGAUCGGACAGGCCUUUAGUGUGGCCUAUCAAGAAUUCUUACGGGCCAAUGGCAUUAACCCUGAGGACCUUAGCCAAAAGGAAUACAGUGACCUGCUGAACACUCAGGACAUGUACAAUGAUGACCUCGUGCACUUCUCCAAAUCUGAGAACUGCAAAAACGUGUUUGUAGAGAAAGCUAAGGGGGAGAUUCUGGGCGUGGUCAUCGUGGAGAGUGGAUGGGGCUCCAUCCUACCUACAGUCAUUAUUGCCAACAUGAUGCAUGCUGGGCCAGCUGAGAGGUCUGGCAGACUGAACAUAGGAGACCAGAUCAUGUCAAUCAAUGGAACCAGUUUGGUGGGACUGCCACUGUCCACCUGCCAAAGCAUUAUAAAGGGUCUGAAGAACCAGUCUCAUAUCAAGCUGAAUAUUGUGAGAUGUCCCCCAGUGACUACUGUACUCAUCAGACGGCCAGACCUGCGCUACCAGCUGGGUUUCAGUGUCCAGAAUGGCAUUAUUUGCAGCCUAAUGCGUGGGGGCAUUGCCGAACGGGGCGGGGUCAGAGUUGGUCACCGCAUCAUCGAGAUCAACAGCCAGAGUGUGGUGGCCACGCCCCAUGAAAAAAUUGUCCACAUCCUGUCCAGUGCUGUGGGAGAGGUAAGACAUUGCAUCAUAUUAUACAUAACAAGGAAAUCAGGAUCUUUCGAUGCACAACAGUUAAAAGUGAAACACUGCAGUCUAUUGUGCCUAAGGCCUUUCUGGGUGGUGCAUUUGUGGGUUUCCUCUGGGUACUAUGGUAAAUGGACUGAUUCUUAUAUAGCGCUUUUCUACUCUCCUGAAGUACUCAAAGCGCUCUAUAUAACAUGCCUCAUUCACCCAAUCUACACUCAGUGCUUUCUAAGUACACUCAUACUCCGAUGGAUGCAUCGGAGAGCAAGUUGGGGUUAGUGUCUUGCCCAAGAAUACUUGGCAUGCAGACUGCCAGGGAUCGAACCACCAACCUUCCGAUCAGUUGGUGACCUGCUCUGCCUCCUACAGCCACCCUAUAGGUACUCCGGCUUCCUUCCUGGUCCAACGACAUGCAUGUAAAGUUAACUGGUUAUUCUAAAUCGAUCAUAGGUAUGAAUCCAAGGUGCACACAGCACUUACA